AUGGCGCCAACCGCCUCCGCCGCCGCCGCCGGCGGAGGCUCCGACGAGGGCGCCAGCGCCCUGCUCGGGCUCCUGCAGCGGGUGCAGUCGGAGGCGCUGCGCGCGCUGGGGCCUCACGACUUCGACCCCAAGUUCUACGUCGACCUGCCGCUGGCGACCGACGAGCGCGCCGCGGACGCCGCCCUUGCUGCGCUGCCGCGCCCGGCGCCGUCGCGAGCGGAGCUAGAUGACUUCCUGUCCCGCUACUUCGGGGACCCCGGGUCCGAUCUCGUGCCGGCCGUCCCGCCCGACUUCCAGGUCGAGCCCCGCGGGUUCCUGCCCCGCGUCCACAGCCCCGAGGCGCGGGCGUGGGCGCUGGAGGUGCACGCGCUGUGGAAGCCCCUGGCGCGGCGGGUGGCGCCCGACGUCGCGGCGCGGCCGGACCGGCACACGCUGCUGCCGCUGCCCGGCGGGGUCGUCGUGCCGGGCUCCAGGUUCCGGGAGGUAUACUACUGGGACUCCUACUGGGUCGUCAGGGGACUGCUGGUGAGCAAAAUGUAUGACACGGCAAAGGCUAUUGUGCUUAACCUUGUAUACCUGUUGGAAAAAUAUGGUUUUGUUCCGAAUGGUGCAAGAUCCUAUUACAUUAACCGAAGCCAACCACCACUUUUAAGCUCCAUGGUUUUAGAAGUAUACAGGGCAACUCGUGACGUGGAAUUUGUUAGGAAAGUAUUCCCCUCUCUGCCUAAAGAGCAUAGCUUCUGGAUGUCAGAUAUUCAUAAUGUGGCUAUAGCGGACAAUCAUGGUCAGGUCCAUAAUUUGUCUCGGUAUCAGGCUAGGUGGAACAAACCUAGGCCUGAAAGUGCGACAAUCGAUGAGGAACUGGCUUCGAAGGUUAAUUCUAUGGCUGCUAAGGAAAAACUAUACAGCGAAAUUGCUUCAACGGCAGAAUCAGGAUGGGAUUUUAGCUCUCGAUGGAUGAGGAAUUCUUCUGACAUGACAACAUUGGCAACCACUUGCAUCAUACCUGUGGACUUGAACACAUUCAUAUUUAAGAUGGAGCUGGAUAUUGGUGCCUUGGCUCAACUCGUAGGAGAUAAUGCAACUUCAGAAAAGUUUUUAAAGGCUUCAAGAGCACGUCAUAUUGCAAUUGACUCUAUUUUGUGGAACUCUGAGAUGGAACAGUGGCUUGACUAUUGGCUUCCUGCUGAUGCAGACCGCCAGGGAGUCCACGAAUGGAAGUCUAACUUACAGAACCGCAACAUAUUUGCUUCUAACUUCAUUCCGCUGUGGCUAAAUGCAUACCAUUCCGGAUCGGUAUGCUUUGCUGAUGAGGCAAAAUCGAAGAGAGUCAUGGUGAGCCUCAAGGCAUCUGGAUUACUUCAUGCCGCAGGAAUAGCAACUUCCCUGACAAACACGGGCCAACAAUGGGAUUUCCCAAAUGGAUGGGCCCCACUGCAGCAUCUUAUAGCUGAGGGGCUGUUGCAUUCUGGAUCAGAGGCAAAAAAUUUAGCUGAGGACAUUGCUACGAGGUGGGUGAGAACAAACUAUGCCGCUUACAAAUCGACAGGCGCGAUGCAUGAGAAGUACAAUGUUACCGCUUGUGGAGAAUCCGGAGGCGGUGGUGAAUACAAGCCCCAGACUGGUUUUGGCUGGUCCAAUGGUGUGGUAUUGUCAUUCUUGGAAGAAUUCGGGUGGCCAGAGGACAAGGAAAUAGCCUGCUCAGGCAAAGUGAUCACGACAGGGUGA